AUGAGCGGCGCGCAAACUCGCUCGAGAGAGACAUCAUCCGCCUCGUCAGAAAGACUGAUCCCAAAACUUCUGCCGGCAAUUGACAAACUAGCCAGUUGCUGCCACAGCUCUCCGAAGUCGAUCGAAGAGGCAUCAGGAGCGACCGAGCAUCUCCUUUUUAUACGCCAUACGCUUAUCGAUGAUCACCAGCCGAAGGAAGUAAAGAGCUUGUUUCGUCAGCUAAGAGGGUUCGAAAGUGUCUUAGGGUUCUUGGAGUGUUUGGCAGAUCUAUACAAACCAGAAACGAUAGGGGAUGCUGAUAGGAAACUGCUUUUGUCCAUUGUUAAAGAUUCUUUGGGUAUAAUUGCAGAAAGUCUGAAAGAUGACCCUGGAAACAAACGGUAUUUCGUCAAAGGAGACAAUGGGGCCGGAAUUGCGGCGUGUGAACGGAUUCUCUCUGGCCUAGCUGUCAAACUGAAUACCUCUCAGGACGUGGAGCUCUUCUAUGGAGGCCUUUUGGCCGCAGGCUUGGGACAAGAAACUAUGUCGCAGUUCUUUACCACUGUCAAAAAGAGAGCAGAAAUCUCUGGGUCAAAUACCUUGCUUACGCUAUCUGAGAUUGUUAACCACACACUGGGAAGUGGAGAGGUCGUAGAGAAUCCAGAGCUUUUCAGUCCAUUAUUGCGCUUAUGGCUUGAUCAGACCUCUGAUCCGGAGAAUUAUCCAAUCCUCCGGCUAUCGGUACCACUGUGUCUUACUCGGCUUGCGUCUUUAUCCCAAAGGAACUGUCUUGCUCUACACUCCACAGGAAUCCUUUCUCCCCUACUAACCCUUGUCACGGUCUCCGGAAGGCCUAAGGACGAGUUAGAAGCUUACUCCAAACUGGCCGCCAUAUUAUGCCAACAUGGGGUUAAUACCCUACAGGAUGCUGUUCAGCUUUAUCAAAAGGCCCAGAAAGUACCUCAGGUUUCCAGGUUCCUGUUAGAUGCAUUAAAAUCUUCAAAGGGUCCUCCUCAUGUGCAUUUCGACCUUUCAUCACAUGGAUACAGCUCAAUCGAAUUGCCAAGCCUAGGGAAACCGUUUCCAUCUAUUAGUUCUAGUGGUUAUACUCUAACUCUCUGGGCACGAGUUGACAAUUUUGAACCGAACACUCAUACCACCUUGUUUGGUGCCUUUGAUGCAACACAGACAUGCUUCGUUCUUGUCUACCUUGAAAAGGACACUCACAACCUUAUCUUACAGACCUCAAUUAGGGGUAUCAGGCCUAGCGUCCGUUUCAAAGCCACAACAUUCCUACCAGGUCGAUGGUACCAUAUUUGCAUUGUGCAUAAGCGGCCUAAAACAUUAUCAUCAUCGCGUGCGCUUCUCUUUGUAAAUGGUGAGUUUGCAGAACAACUCAAAGCAGAAUACCCCGUUGUACCAAGGACUCGUCCUGGCCAGAAGGCUCCUCCGAUACAAACAUUUUUAGGUACCCCUCGGGAUCUAGCUGUUCGGGUUGGGAAAGGAGUCUCGUUCUCGAAAUGGUCACUUGCCUCCGCAAUCCUGUUUGAUGAAGCGUUCAAUGAUGAUCUCAUUGCUGUCCUGUGUCAUCUUGGGCCGAGAUAUUAUGGUAAUUUCCAGGAUUGUCUUGGCUCCUUCCAGACCUAUAGGGCGUCUGCGACCUUGAAUUUACGCAAUGAGAAUCUCCACGCAGGCAAAGAAGACCAAUCCGAUAUUGUUUCAGUCAUAAGACAGAAAGGUAGUAUUUUGAUUCCUGAGAGCUCCGUCUUACUCAAUAUAUCACCUACCUCAGUCCUAGAUGACGAUGAUACCAAUAAUAUUGAUGAAUCGCAAUUGGUAAAAUCACUCUCAAGAAAUGCAGGCAAAACCUUAACCCAACUUGUCAAGGUUAAGGGUAAUACUGUGGUUAUUAACGGAGCCGUUCCUGCAAUCAACGAAGCUUUAACACAACCACACGGUGUUGCAGUACUUGUCGGAGACCCUGUUGUUAUAAUUCCCCAAUCCUUAGAUGAUUUAAGCUGGAGAAUUGGUGGCUGUGCAGGCGUUCAUCUUAGCUUAGUUGAAGCAGCAACUACCGGCGAGUCCCUUCGUCUUGCCUUGGAACUACUCUUUGAGGCAGUGCAGGACAACUGGAGAAAUAGUGAAGCCAUGGAAAAGGAAAAUGGCUACGGUAUACUUGCCAUGCUUUUACGCGAAAAGCUUGGGUUUGCAUCUCCUGUCCAAAAUUCACCUAUGAAGACAACUGCAGUGUGCCACACUGCACAGGAACGAAACGAGGUAGCAAUGGAACUUCUGAUACCUGUUUUAAGAUUUGUGGGAUAUGAUUUCGAGAACCCAAAGAAAUCCUUGAUAAUAAACCCACUGGCCUACCGGAUCUUGCUAAUAGACCUGGACAUAUGGAGGCAGGCUGACCUACCUUUACUGGAAAUCUACUAUUCCCAGUUUCGAACUUUCUGUACAGACAGUCAUUACCAUAGGUUCAACUCAAAGCGGUUGUCUAGAAUGCGUGUCAUUAAAAGGCUUAUAGAGGCUCUGAAGGCUGAAGCUUUCGCUACAGCAACUUUAAAGCUUUACGUUUCUGCCUUCAAGAGUCUGGUGAACGCAUGUAUGACUGCUGAAGUUCUUCGUUCUGUAUCGCUCUUCAUCACAUUCUCAAUACAUUCAGUAAAGCAGCCAAUGAGCAAGCCAAAUAAAAAUAAAAACACCCGGCUAGACCUUCGAUUUCGGCGUCCAGGCCAUUUACAGCCUGAUCUCGCCUCGAUCUACGUUUCAAAAGAACAAAUAGGGGUAGAAAUCCUGCGGGUAUUUACUGAGGUCUUCUGUAACAGUGAAGAUACAAUUAGCAUCCAAAAAUUUGCCAGGACAGUUACAAAUAAGUGGCUGUUAUACCUGUUGUCAGAAGACAAUCCGGACGUGGUGAUACUGGUCACAAGGAUUUUAUCCCGUCUAUUCAUUGUCCAUGGCACUGCUUACACCAAAAAGUUUGCGGAGAAGACAGGUGGAUUUGUGGUAAUGCGGCAUCGACUAAAACGAUGGUGGAACUUAGCUCCAUUGUGGCCAAUAUGCUUCUCGAUAUUAUUUGGCCUGGAUCCAGGCCAAAUAAAUUUGGAUAAGAACGCCAAUGCAUCGGACCUUCAACGGUUGCUUUCAUCUCCUGAGAACCUUAAAGUAUCAUUUCCAGAAGUCCUGCCAGUUCUUGCCGGUAUGCUCCAGCUUGGACUGAAGGCGACCGUGGUACCUAGAGGUAGUUCUCCCUCUAUCCAUGCUGAUGAUGAUGACAGCAUAUAUCUGGUGCGCCCAAGAGCAGAUUCGGAGAGUAGCACUUUGCGAUCAGAUGUUACCAUUCCGGGAAAUGUACCAUCGAACACUGAACUCUUAAAAUCAGUCGUUGGUUUCUUCGCUUAUAUCUAUGGAAAGUCUCAAAAUUUUCGGGAUUUCGCAGUGACAUCUAACUAUGUUGAUGAACUCCUUCGGGCUUUAUACCCUGUAGUAGUCGGUUCCGAUAUAGUUAAUGCGGGUUUUGAACUAGAAUCUAAUUCAGACGGGCUCAGAUUUGGUGGAGAAACAGUACCCAUUCAACCGCUUCAGGGUGCGAGACCGAUAGUACGUACCAGCACAGUAAAGGGUACGGAUAUGCAGGAUAAUAGUGAUGAGCCUCGUUGUUCAUCGCCGUUUGUCCUAGUCUCUUCAGAUAAAUCCAAAUAUUCCCCCUCGUCUGCCCGGUUGCAGCAAAUUGUCGCACCUUCGUCUGACGCAGCAAGUCCCCGCCCAACUAACCCUAUAGCCAACGAUAUACUCGGUAUUCUCCUGGCAGUUUACACAGAUCAGCUAUUUGGACGCAAGGAGUUUCCGGGAUUACUACUAUUUGUCAGAAUUCCUCCAGGAUUUGUGGAACAUCAAAUAUAUUUCGAGUCCUGGAUUCUUCGAAACCUUCUUACACAUCUAGAAACAAAGAUCUCCAAAGAUACUAAAGUGCUGCUUGAGCCUCGUGUACUAAACAACCUGUCUCGACUACUUUCACAGGUGGCUGAGGCCGUUUAUGGAGGCUGGUUCAUCGAUGGAGCAAUGGCUACAUUGAACUUCAUUGGCCCUAUCCUUGAGUACUUACAGGAACCAGAAGUUGCAUCUUUGAAAAGUGUUCGACUUUGUAGCCAAACGAUUUCGAGCAUUCGUUCGACCGUGUUUCGGACCGUUCUCCUACGACUUUCCGCGGCGGAAGGUCAAAACGCAUAUUCUUUUUUGCAACGGCUGGCGUAUUGGCAAACAGUUCUCUUAUCAAAUGAGGAAUCUCCAAAUGACCAACUCCAACUAAUCUACUAUUUACUAUAUUCCAAAAUUGUGACAGAGAAAGAGGACGUGCGUGUGGCAGCAGCUGGGCUGUGGAGAAUCACUCUCGUUCAGAAACCAUCAGAGACCUCUGCUAUACUAGGUCAAGCUACCCCUUCGCUUCAUAGGCGCCUUUCGUUAGGAUUUCAGAAACUUAUGGGAAUGGACGACGAUAGUUUCCUCCAUUGGAUUGAUGAUCAACGUGAUGACCUUGAUUGCUUUUUCUUUGGUGCCCUGAGCAAGGGCUGGGAAAGUUUUGUCCGUGAUGAAAAUAGCAAAACCCAGGAAACUGCGCGCUCACGAGCAUCUAAAAGGAAAGACAAAUUAAAACAGUGGUCCCAGACAGAGUCAUUGAACGAAGAAGUUCUACGUAAACACGAUAUUACGUUCGGACACUGGACAGCGAACAUAUCUGUUUCUGAGGGUUUAAAACACCAGCGAGCAAUCCAAGACCAGCAGGACGAUUUCAAUUUUAUGGCUUCCGCAUUUUCUCGAAUAUAUUCAAACUUGAGGCGUGAAAACGGCUUUCUUGCGACGCAAACAAAACAUAAGUGGCGUUUAGAUCAGACAGAAGGGCGCAGUAGGAUGCGGCUGCGAGUUACACCAGAUGAUUCGGCUGGGAAACAAGACUACCAGCCAAAAAUAAGAGCUACUAGUGACACCCCUGAUAUUAAGGUGAAUGUCAGAGCCCGUGCUGCUUCUGAUGGUGAUAUGGUUGCACUUUCACCCCCCACUAUAGUACCUGAGCCAGUUGAUACUGAGUCUCUCGAUAAUGAGUCCGAAGGGAAAUCCGCUACCGAAGAUAGUUUUGAACUCAUAGAUGAGCCAACAGGCAACGACCCGUACGAAGAUAAAAACCGCAAAGUCAUGAAAAAUCUUCAGAGAGGAGAUCAGGUACAAUAUGUUUGCAAUAUCUCCCGCAUAAUUGGGCUUGAGGCCUGUGAAGGACUUCUGAUUCUGGGAAAAACUAACCUCUAUAUAAUGGAUAACUUCUUCCAACGCUCUGAUUGCGAGAUCGUUCAUGUGUCACAAGCGCAUCCAGAAGAACGAGACCCUUAUGUACGCGUGAUCUCUGGUCGGGAGUCUGAUGACCGGAAACAUAAUAAUGGAGCCCAUCGAUCGAGAAGCUGGAUUUGGGCUGAUGUUAUUAGCGUAUCGAAGCGCCAAUUCCUCUUUCGUGACGUGGCUUUGGAAAUUUUCUUUUCUGAUGGGCGUAGUUAUUUACUUACACUCAUAUCUGCCAAGCUACGCAACGAAUUAUACAAUGAGCUUACGUCUCGGGCGCCGCAGAUACAUGGAAACAGCAACUUACCAGAAGACUCAUGGCGCUUUGAAACUCUACGCAGUGAAGGGAAUAGUUCCCAGUUUUUCGGGUCAAAAUUUGUCAAUGUCUUUAGCCAGAUGCCCUCUCACCCAGCGACACGAAAAUGGCUGAAGGGGGAGAUGUCAAAUUUCCAUUAUCUAAUGCUUGUCAAUACUCUAGCUGGCCGAACCUUCAAUGACUUGACUCAAUAUCCGGUGUUUCCAUGGAUUCUCGCCGAUUAUACUAGCGAGGAACUUGACCUCACAAACCCAAGGACUUUCCGAGACCUUUCGAAGCCGAUGGGGUGUCAGACUAUAUCCCGUGAGGCUGAUUUCAGAAGCAGAUAUCAAUCCUUUGCAGAAAUGGGAGAUGAGAACGCUCCACCAUUCCAUUAUGGGACUCACUACUCUUCUGCCAUGAUUGUAUGUUCCUACCUAAUUCGACUCCAGCCAUUUGUCAAAUCCUACCUUCUACUGCAGGGUGGAACAUUUGACCACGCCGACCGUCUAUUCUUUUCGAUCCCUGAUGCAUGGAACUCAGCAUCACGAGUGAAUAUGACCGAUGUGAGAGAACUAAUCCCUGAAUUUUUUUACUUGCCGGAAUUCUUGUCAAAUUCAAAUAACUAUGACUUCGGAGUACGACAAAGUACAGGUCAAACCAUUGAUUCUGUAGAACUUCCUCCCUGGGCAAAAGGGGACCCAAAGAUAUUUAUAGCUAAACAUCGCGAAGCGCUCGAGAGCCCAUACGUUACCCGCAAUCUACAUCAAUGGAUUGAUUUAAUUUUUGGUGCUAAACAACGAGGUGAAGCAGCCCUUGAGGCCGUCAAUGUUUUCCACCAUUUGUCUUAUCGUGGAGCCAAGGAUCUUGACAGUAUCGAAGACCCCAUGGAGAGGCUAGCAACAAUAGGGAUUAUACAUAAUUUUGGACAGACUCCCCACCAGGUAUUCCAUAAACAUCACCCCAGCCGUGAAGAUACCCUACAUAAACCUAAUCGCCUGGACACCUCCGCGGACUCAUUAACCCACCUUCCAUUUACUCUGCUAGACAUUCAAGAAAGAGUAUCUUCUCUGUCAUUUUCAGUCAAGCAAGACCGCCUCCUUUGUGCGGCGGCAUUUCGACUUAACAUCCCUCCAGCAUAUGAUAAAUACAUGGAAUGGGGAUUCUCUGAUGGCAGCGUCCGCUUUUAUGCCGCUGAAUCAAGAAAGUUAAUUGGCCACUUCGAGCAUGUCCACAUUGGCCAGCUCUCUUGUGCUCUAUUUGCCGAUUCACAGACUCUGAUUACCGCUGGCACUGAUUGCACGAUAGCUGUCUGGUCGUUUACAUCAACAUCUCGAUCGGUUGACCUCCUUCCUAAAGCAUCACUCUUUGGGCAUCGAUCGCCAGUAACCAUCCUUGCCGUGUCAAGGUCAUUUAGCACAAUUUUAUCAGCUUCUAAAGACGGUAAAGUCAUGCUAUGGGAUCUCAACAGAUUAGAAUUCAUAAGGGAAUUAUCUUCCGGGCCAACGGUAAAUUGUGCUCGUAUCAAUGAUGCAACUGGAAAUAUUGCAGUUUGUCGUGGCAAUCUAGUAAGCCUCUUCACUUUAAACGGCACCCUUCUUCUAGAAAGGGCUGUUUGUGAACAGUCGGACGAUAAUGUCCUGUCAUGUGCUUUCUACGAAGGGGUUGGCAACGAAUGGCUAGAGCUCGAACUGUUUUUUACUGGUCAUCGAAAAGGCCUGGUAAAUGUAUGGAGCAAAUGCAUCAGAGACGGGGUGUUUGAAUUGGAUCUUAUUCGCCAGUUACAUCACGUUAACACGUCUCGUGGCGAUGGAGCAGCGACCCUCGCAGGAAUUACCUGUGUCCUUCCGCUGUCACAUGUAGUAUAUACGGGCGAUGAAUCGGGGCAAGUUUAUGAGUGGAAUUGUGUGCAGCGCCAUUAG